AUGACGUCAGGUUAUUCCCCACCGUCAGGUACAAAGGUAGCCGUGGCGCAGCAGAUACUGUAGGUGUGCCUGGGCGCGCUGUCUCCGGCCUGCUCGCGGCGAUUUCUUUUAUAGUGCGGUAUCAUUGAAUAUAGUGCGGUAUCGUUAAAUACAUUUCUAUAACCUGAAGGUUGUUGUUAGCUUAACAGGUCUCCCCACCUGGUUUGUGAUCGCGUACAGGUGACAAAGUCUGUUGGAAGAGAAGUCGACAAUAUGGCGACCGGGACCAAACGCCCGAUCCCUUAUUCGGACGGAGAACUAGAAGAUCUGUCCAGGCUUAUCACCCGCAACUACGUCACGCUGACAAAACAACUCCAGGCGAAGGCUGUGAUCCCGCAUCUGAUCCAAGAGGGGAUCCUGCUGAGGGAGCACAGGGAGGAGAUCCUGAAGUGCACCACCUCACAGGACAUGGCACAGGAGCUCCUAGAUAAAGUUAUGGCCCGUGGUAAUUGUACCGAUCGCCUGUUUGUUGAUGUCCUGCGCCGGAGCGGCCAUGGGCAUUUGGCAGACACGUUGGAGGGGCCGAACAGUAAGGUGGCCAGGACGGAAGGGAUAAGGGACAUGACAGAUUCACAGUUGGACGAGCUGAGAAGUCGCCUGCAGAAGGUUUACAGAGAGGAGGCAGAACGACACGAAGGAGAUACAAGUUUGGAGGGACUGACGGUACACGAGAUGGAUCACGACAACAGCAGGAUGUCGAUAGGCAUGAGGGCAGGAAUUGAUUUGGUCUCUUGGUUACAAGCUUGGAGAUCUUCUUUCGUUAAAGAGGAAGCUGGUCGUCAGGUGGGCACUGCAUUUACAGCAGACUGGGUGGGGGACAAAAAGGUCACCUCUGACUUUAAACAGGUGUACAAACUUAAACUCAACAAAGUCCGAAAGAAUCAAACAAUUAUAGGUGCCAUCUUUGACCAACUCUUGCACGACCCCAACUACGAACCGUCCUUCUCAAAAAAAUCCCUGUGGAACUACAUGGAACAGACCCAGGAGAAGAUUCUGUUCGUACUGGAGGGACUGGACCGCCUCAACCCCUUCACAUCCCCGGAGAUUCUGCAGCUGAUCGACAAGAAGCUGCUGCCGAGAGCCACGGUCAUUGUCACGGUGGCCGAGGCAAACGGGGCUUAGGAACAUGCGACAACAACCUGGGUGCUAACAUUGAUGACGAACUGGACCGUUGAUGGACUUUUGAGUAUUGCACAACGAUUCAUGGUUUGAACGACCUUACUUGGCCUGUUUUGUUUGUGUGCUCUGUAGAUGGAUCCUUGAGUCCUUGUUAUAUGUUACUGAUUUUACAACUACAACUUACAACUACAUGUAAAUACUCUGUGCAUGUGAGCAGAAAGCCUUUGCAAGCUAAGUAAGUGAGGCAUACUUUCUGUGCAGAUAUGCAAACAUUGUAUAAUCUUAAAGGCAUGCUAAUACAUCAUGUAUAUGUUGACAUUCAAAAACAUGCAUAAUGUGUGUGAGGAUUGUUUUUGUUGGAUCGUUUUUUGUGACCUCGAAGUAUAUUCCGUUGGCUUAUUUGAAAGCUGGUGUUUGUGUGUAGCUGUUUGGAAAACAACAGCUAGUCUUCCAAUAGCUUCCCUUCCUGUUAACCAGAGUAAUUACAAAACAUGUGAAACGUUUUGAGUGAAUGAUGUACACUUAAAUUACAAGUCUUUGUAAACAACGUCAGUACCACAGGGGAGCCACUAAAGAAAAUGUUACGUUCUUGCGUGUAUUUGAGAUUAUCUCAAGUAAGUGGUUUUCAUUAAACUUGGGACUUCAUAGCCUCGCCGAUUUGUAUUUGUUGGAUUGUUUUGGCAGACUUUGUUGUGUUGUUUAACAGUUUUUUUUAAUAAAUACUAUAGUUUUAACUAC